CGCUCGGCGAGGUCGCGCGCAGCCUCCGCGGCUGAGUCAUCGGGCAGUCCGUACCGUACCACGCUGUUUACAAAACUACGAGCUCCCAUUGACGCAACGCGCGGGAAAUAUCUUGAAUAAAUUAGCUCUCAGCUGAUGUUGACAGCGGCACAACUUCUGCGAACGCCGGCCGGAACCUUUGACACGAAUGCUUAAGAUUUCGGCCAGUUUUGCACCGACUCUCGUUCGUGACUCAUCUAAAAUGACGAAAGUUAAGUUGAAGAACUCAAGGUUCGGAUUAAACUAGUGCGUUAUGUCGAGGAAAAUACUUAUUUAAUAAAACUUAUCGCCAUUGAAGCGCACAAAAGAACAUUGUGAAUAAUACGUGUGUUUGAAACUAUUGUUUACUGGUUAAGUGUUCGUCGCAUGAGUUGAAGAUUGUUUAAUUUAUUGAGUAUUGGAAUCCGAACUUGUAGCGAGCAAGCAAGUGGUAGUCAUCGUAUGCUUAGUUGUUUACGUAAAGUUUGAGCGUUGGAAAGGUGCCAAGAUAAACAUUGUGUUAGACAAAAAGCGUCGUAGUGACCUUGAGUGAGGCGUAGGAGUGGUGUCCAGUGUCGGGCAAAGGUUGUGAUGGUUUAGGAUGCAUCUCCCGUACGAGUCGCGGGGCCGUCGCCGCCGAGAGAUGGUGGAACUGGAGCCCUGGUGGAUGCAGAGCAUCAUCGAGGAGACGAGGGCAGAACACCCUGAUCUAGUGCCAACCGGCAGCCCGGACUUCAUGUGUUCCAUGCUGCCUCAGCACUGGCGGUCCAACAAGACUCUGCCCGGGGGGUUCAAGGUGGUCGCCCUAGGAGAGGUGUUGGACGGAACCCUGGUCACCGUCCGGGCAGGGAACGAUGAGAACUGCUGUGCGGAACUGCGGAACAACUCUACUGUGAUGAAGGAUAGAGUCGCCAAGUUCAAUGACCUGAGGUUCGUCGGGAGGAGUGGGAGAGGGAAAAGUUUCUCGCUAACCAUCAUGAUAUCCACGAGCCCGCCGCAAGUGGCGACCUACCAGAAGGCCAUCAAAGUCACCGUGGACGGCCCGAGGGAGCCGCGCUCCAAAACUAGUACUAACGCAACCACCCACCCCAUCAGAACCUUCAACUUCCAAAGAACGUUCAUCGACUCGCAGAUCGCGCUUCGAGACGUGGAGUUCAAGAGUCCACCGAUGAGGAGCAUACGCUCGCUGUCUCAUGAAGAACGGGAGUACAAGACUAACGCCAACCUGCCCACGGGAGAAACCAGCGGCAACAUUUUGGGUGCUAGCGAGUGGAACACGGGGUAUCCUUCGUCCGCCACGGUGUACCCGGCCUACGGACCCCUGCAGCCGGCCUACUACAAACCCGACCCCACCAUACAUAUCCCUGCAGUGCUGCCUCCUGAGCUUCCUCUGGGGCACACGGACUACGGCGGCUUCCAGACCGGAGGCACCGGCUUCGUCAAGGGCAGUCCCGGGGGCCCGGCCCUCACUGAACUGAACACGCCGGCCCCAGUCCCCGCCCAGCGAUACGACGCUAACUACUACAACUCCUGGCCCACCAACACGUACAACUACAACAACUACCAAUACAACAACAUAAACAACAACCCAGCCUGCCUCCAAUCACAUACUCCCUACAUCAACCCCAAUCCCCAAAUGAUCCUCCCAAACCUAUACUCGACUGUCAACCAAAACCAAAUACACGUACACCUACACAGCUCUGCUGACAAACACAGCCUUGAGCAGUACAUUCCCAGCGAGAUCAAAAUAAGCGACAUCGACGGAGGCAUCUCUAUCACCACUGAACUCCAAGGCGCCGGAGAAACGUCGGGCCUCGUACAAACCUGCGACACCGGAGAAGAAGCCAAGCACGCCCUCUACGGCCCCAGCAGCCAAGAAGUCUGGCGGCCAUAUUGACAGUUCGCUCACCACGACAAUCAACAUUCCGUUGUACAUAUUGUGAUAUAGAUUUAUUAGAAUAAAUAAUUAUGAAAUUCUAGAUAAUUGUAUAGAAAUAAAUUAAUGUUAAACAUUAAUUCGAAGUUAAGUGUUAAA